GUGCGGGUGCUGUCCUCCACAAGCACUCGUAUCCCGUGUCUCGGGUGAGCGAUUCUCGAGGAGCUGCUGUCAGAUUUUUUCGAGUGGUGUCAGCGUACAAGUACCGAUGGGUUACCAUGAAUGGAGGAACGAGCGCUGCAGCAUCGUAAGCGAGCCACACAAAUUCUCUGACCACGCUCUCCUGCAUCUCUGUUAAGUUACCGAUCCAAGCGGUUUCCAAAGAGAAGGAGCCAUGAAACUUUACCGGUAUUCUUUUCGAAAAAUCCCGCGGCUUUGGGAUGCGUAUGCAUCCCCAUAAACGGGAGGCCCCGGGGGGUGGCCUUUGACGGAAUCAAGUCGAGACAUGAGUUUCACAGGCCGCGACCGAAAAGGGGGAGAGCCUACUCGAGUACUAGAGUCUAACUUAGCUCUCUUUCCUUUUUUUUCUGCCCCUCCUUGAAGUAUAUCUAGUCACUGGUGUCCCUGAUAUCCGGGGCCGCAGUCGAAUUAGCCGGAAGAGAAGAUAUGAAGGAAAGCAAAUCGCACAUGGUGUUUGCGGUCGCACUGAUCGUGGGGGUGAUCAGUUUUGUGGUGACGGCGCUUAGAGUUUUCACACGAGUGAAGAUUGUACGGGUCUGGGGAGCUGACGAUGGUAAUCCCUAAUAUUUCCAAAAGAGGAAGUGGGGCGAUAGCUGACAUCCCAAUUUCGAAUAAAAUAGUUCUGAUUGUUAUUGCGCAGGUCUGUAUUUCUUUGAUAUUCUGUUGCCGCUUAUUGGGACGGAGCCGCCACUGAUAUAGCUUGGUCUGCAAUAGCUCUUCGCGUUUUCCUUUCUUGUCUGCUUGCUCAUCGGUACAUUCCCCUCUACCCCUCCUCCUUGCCGUUUGAACUUGGCUAACUACAUCCUACCAUCGUAGGAGCCUCCAAUGGCAUCGGGUCCCAUAUAGAAACAGUAUCCCCUCAAGAGUUCGUCGUAUUCAUGAAGGUACCAGUCCACCCAUCAUUUCUUUCGCCUGCGCGGGCUAACCUCCUGCUAGGCAACUUGGGGCACCAUGUUUAGUUACAACUGGCAAGCGAUGUUUGCUAAACUCUCUGUCCUCACUUUCUACACGCGGGUUAUGGGCCACCAUUACUGGUUUAAGUUGGCAACAACUGCCACCAUGGUAUUCGUUGUCCUGACGGGCGCCGGGAGUGAAUUGGUUCUCUACUUGCAUUGUCGGCCAGUUAGCUAUUAUUGGGAUAAAUCCACUCCUGGUGGGUAUUGCUGGGACUUGGAGCUCCUCUAUUACAUCAAUUCCGCCCUGUAUAUUUUUGCGGAUGUGGUGGUGACCGUUUUACCCCUACCCAUCUUGUCUAAACUGUGAGCCAUCUAGUAAGGGGGCCAGGGAUGUUUUAUUGUUACUAACGCGUGUGGAUAGAGAGCUGCCUAAGAGACAGAAAUGGGGUCUUUGUGCGCUAUUUAGCCUUGGGGGAUUGUGAGUCUUCGGAUACCAUCCCAUGGCUGAGUAGUUAACCUUGUUCUGCAGUGUAUGCGCUACUGGGAUUAUUCGUGUCGUGGAGCUUCCGGCUCCCCAUUUAAGCAAAGACGUAACCUGUGCGUAUCUCUUUCUUCCGGGUUUCGUUCCAAUCUUGGAAGGGGGUUGACUUGGGUGUUUAGGGGAGAUUGCGAGUGCCAUGAUUUGGUACUAUGUCGAAGCAGCCUUCAUUAUAAUAGCAGCGUGUGGCCCUGCGCUAAAGCCCUUUUUCCGCCUUUACGUGCCUGUCCUCCUUGGUAGCACUAAGGGUACUUAUAAAGACCCACCCUCAUAUGCGGUUGGGCAAAGCUAUGAUAUGCAGAGAUUUCAGAGAUCCGCCAAUGUAACCACGGGGUCAAGGGCCGGGUUUGGCGAAGGGGAUAGUGAAGAACAUAUCAUUGGUGGGGAUUCGGGGAUAAUGAAAACCACAGACGUGGUUUUGACAGUGGAAGAUAUUCCGCAGGACGGAGGGACUGGAGGUCAGGGAAGGGAAACACCAUAAUGGGGUUUCGAACUUCUGGGUGGGUGGCUGACUGUUGUCGUAACUCGGGAUUUUUCCUUGUAUUCUGUCUCUUGUAUAAUGUUCGUGAAAGAUGUUGGCAGGUAUGGUAGUUUGAUCGAUUAAAUAUCCUUAAAGUUUAAUAGCACGGGGUGCGGGAGCGGUUGACCACUCAUAUUCAUACCCAGCAACGGAUAUGCAGUUCCUUCCGCCGGUAUUCAUUAGCAGCCUGUAUAUGGAGCUGCUUAUUUUUCUUGUAUAGUUAGUCUGGCCGAGCGCUGCGGUUGGUUGAGGUUCUUGAGGCAUGUAGGGCACACAAGUUACUGAGCGCGAUCCCCCCAGACACCAGAUCUGGACAAGUGAUAU